GCUACCGACAUCUGCUCCUGCCGCUGCUAGAUUGCACUAUUCAGACGCGCAAUCGAAGAGCUGUCUCCGAAGAGAGAAGCCACGACGUUCCACACAUCAACAUGUCUCUCGACCCGCCAGCAUACAUUCUGUCGCUCCAAAACAACAUCCGGGCGCGACCAAUCUCGUGGGAAGGAGCUGUACGCGCAAAGACAAUCACCGAGCAGGACCUCAAGAAGAUCAAGUCGAUAGACAAGGUCCGCAAGGAACAGCGCAGACAGACGGUCGAAUCGGAUCCUGAGAGUUAUGCCGCCCUCGUUCUGGGCUCCGACGAUAGCCCCAGCAUCUUCCAAUCCGCCGCCAAGCGUUCCGACAUUGUGCAGUACAUGCUCGUCCUGACUGGUGACCUUAUUGAAGAUAUCCCGUCCUUUGUGACCAAGCUGCUCGAACACGCCGACCCCUACGCUCCUUUCGUGCCGCUCCUCAAGCAGACCGCAAAUCCCGAGGAUCCCAUCCCGCUACUUGCCUCAUGCGUCCUCUCAAGCCUUCUUUCACAUGGCCUCAUGACUGGUGGCGCCCAGGCCGAGCAGAUUGACAAGGCCCUGCCCAAGCUCUACUCGUACAUUUCAACCCUCGCAAAGAAGUCGGACAACAACCUGCAAGACAUUGCUGUCCAGGAAUACUCUGCUCUUCUACGUACCGCCAAGUCGCGUCAGCUAUUCUGGGAGCAAAGGAAAGACACGGUCACUCCUCUUUUCAACAUCCUCACCAACGCUACCGGAGGCGGUGUAAGAGACACCGACUCGACCUUGAUCAGUGGUGGAAGCAUUCGCAGCAUUGCCGAUUCUCAAAUCAUCAACAACGUCGGCCUUCAGCUCCUAUACCACGUCUUACUUGUCAUCUGGCAGUUGAGUUUCGAGGGCAAGCUGGUUGGUCGCGGCCUGGAUGAGGAACACGACAUCAUUGUACUCUACGCAGCUCUUCUCCGCAUCUCGCCAAAGGAGAAGACCACCAGACUCCUGCUCGCUACCCUCACAAACCUUCUUUCCACCAACCGUGAUACCCUGAUGCCCGCAGUCAUCCCCGCUCGUCUUCCCGCUAUCCUUCAGAACCUGCAAGGUCGCCAUCUGAACGACGCCGACCUUCUUGAAGACCUGAAAGCGCUCCAGUCGAUGGUUGAAGAGUUCCAAAAGACACAAACCACCUUUUCCGAAUAUGCUUCAGAAGUCAACUCUGGCCACCUCCGUUGGUCGCCACCCCACCGCAACCAGGCCUUUUGGAGCGAGAACGCUCGCAAGAUCUUGGAAGAGAACAAGGGAGAGUUGGCCAAGAAGCUCGCAGAGAUCCUGUCAAAGAACUGGGACAACGACAAGCAAGUCCUCGCUAUUGGCUGCAACGACGUCGCAUGCCUUGUCAAGGAAGUGCCCGAGCGACGACAACAGAUGGAGAAGCUUGGUUUGAAGGCUCGUGUCAUGGAGCUCAUGCAACAUAGCGACGAAUCCGUUCGUUGGGAGAGCCUGAGAGCGGUUGGUGAAUGGCUCAGAUAUUCCUUUGAGAAGUAGGACAUCUGCCGUAUCUCGUCUCGGCUUGAUCCCUUGCACUCUGCUUCACGUGUUUAUAAACCGCUUCUCUGUUCUAAUCCACGUCAUUUUGUCUAGGCAUUUGCUGGCGAUGUCGAGGUUUCCUUUUGUUCCUUCCUUAUUGUACAGCGAAAUGGAGUAUACCAAUACAAUGCACACUUUUCAAUCCUGAUAGAUUGCCCUUCCACACUUGACUUGAGAACUAUGCGACGCGAUUUUCAAAGACCAUCGAGUACUUCCGCACUUCAAUCUAUGAAUACACACGCGCU